AUGGUCAACCACAACAACUAUACCUUGCUCAAUUAUCUAGCAUUCAACUACGCCGGUUUUGCCUGUAUAUCGAUAAUUGUCUUUUUGUCGUCAACACAGCCUUUUUACAUCAAGGAAGUACUCGAGCUUGAAAAUGCGAAGAUCGGAGGUGUAAUUGGAAUUCUAGGUUUCAUUGAUGAAUUGACGCUGAUGAUCUCCGCACCAUUCAUUGGGGCAUUGAAUGACAAGUUAAAUACUAUUCUGGGUGGCGGAUCCCGUAUUGUUCCCAGCAUUGCCUUUUUGGUUAUUUCCAUAGCCUUGGCUGGAUAUUCGGUUUGUUCAAAGUUUAGUGAGUUGAUGUUGUUUAGAGCAAUAUUUGCACUUGGUGUUACUGGAUGUAUGAGUAUGAUUACUGUAUUGUUGAAUGAAGUAGGAGAUUCAGAUUUUAAGUUAACAUUUAAACGUAGGGAAAUAUUACUUGGCCAUGAAGAAGAAGAGGAAGAAGUAGAAGCUGAACCAGAAAGAAAGAAAAAUGGGAAGUUUUCGGCAUUGAUUGGAAUAAGCACUGGUAUAGGUGCUAUAUUUGCAGUAUCCGUUUUUGUGCCUUUGCCUAUUAAAUUGGGUGAUAAAUUCCAGUUAGAUAUAAAAUCCAGUUUAGAGUGGGCAUAUUUGGUUGUUCUGGGGUUUGCAAUUUUCUCGUUUAUGAUUUUGAUAAUUUGGUUAUACAGAACAAGAAGCAAUGUCAAUUCAACACACGAAAACUACUUUGAAUUAUUACGCCAUGGAUUCGAAUUUUCACGUAUCAACCAUCAGGUGAAAUUAGCCUAUGCAGGUGCGUUCGUUGCUAGAUCAACUACAGUGGCCAUGGCUGUGUUUAUUCCACUCAUGGUCUACGACUGGUACUACAACAAGGGACAGUGUAAAUCAAACGAUCAAAAUACAGGAAAUUUGACUUGUCACGAAGGGUAUGUAUUCUCGGCAAUCUUGACUGGAAUUGCCCAAACUAUUGCCCUUGUAUCUGCACCAUUUUGGGGAUUCUUGAUUGACUUCAGAAAAGUCAAGUCGAGAAGCACUCCAUUAAAAGUAGCUGCACUUUUUGGGCUAGUGGGGAACUUUCUUUUUUGUUUCUCUAAUACUACGAACCCAAAGACUGUGACUUGUUUCUUGAGUGUAUGUAUUUUGGGUGUGUCACAAAUUGGAUUGAUAAUUAGUAGUAUGAGUGUUUUAACUGGUAUUCUGGAUGUGCAUGAAAUUAUGGGGUCAUUGAGCGGGUUUUAUAGUUUCUGUGGAGGUUUAGGGAUAUUGAGCAUUACUUUACUUGGCGGAUUCCUUAGUGAUCUUUGGAUCCUAGGUCCAUUCUUUAUCUUGGGAACAUUCAAUGCGGCAUUGUUGGUGAUUUGUCACAUAAAUCGUGAUGAAAAGUACCAAGGCGAAUCACCUUUAUUAUUACUAGGGUAA